AUCAGCUACAAAAUGCCAGUCAAGCUAUUUAUUAUAUCAUGCCUUCUUCCUCCCCCGGUUUACUCUUCUUCAUCACCAUCUGGUCUGUGCAUAUCUAGGUCUCGGUUGAUCCCAAGUUCGUGGAUGCCACUACCGUAUAUCGCCUUAUACUUUCCAUCCACCAUCAAAGUCAUUUUACGACCCUUCAUUUCUUCCCUUCGCUUUUUCCCAAAUUCCACUUUCAGAUCGAAGUCUCGACCUUCCUGUCCAAACCCGGAUUCUCAUCUAUAACGACUGCCCCAAGUCUGUUUACCGUCAGACUGGAGUUUAUACAACUGUUACCAACAGACACUUCGCAAUUUGUUCAGUAUUGCACGAGCUGCGUCAAUUGACCGACUGAGGGGUACGGGUGACCACCCUUUGGGCAGAGUUGACCUAUUGAACCGGCAAUGCGUUGUGGGAAUGACCAUUUAACCAUUGCCGAGGACUCGAGGGGUCUGCUAUUUGGAAUAAUUUACCCGGCCAUUGGCAUAACUUGUGUCUUCGUGCUUGUUCGACGUAUCAGACGUCAACAACGAAGAAAAUACGUCCAUCUUGGGGGGCAAAUGGACACGCCAUCUGGGAAAAGUGGUGGCGAAGAGCCAUCUAGUGCAACCAGCGUGGGGACUUCUUGCCCUAAUCAUACUUCCCACGAUCCUGCACCCCUCCCAUCGGCUUGUGAUAUCCUGCAACCUCUAUCUCUCUUGUCACCGCUGCCUCCGAGUGGCUACUUGGCUGCUGUCCUGAACGAAGAGCGAAGAACGAGGGUGGAGAAACCCUAUCAAGUUGAGAACGAACGCGUCCAACCGAUGAGUCCGCCAUGCACUAAUUCAGAGGACUCUGCAUCAAUGGUGGUACGGACGGAUUGCGAUCCUCCAUCCAGAUUCGACGACUCUCCCACACAGACUGAUGAUUCGUCUCUGGCUACUUUUGUCCCGGCUAGGCGAAGUGCAGAGGACGAUGAUCAGGGUUCUCCCAGUUCUCCGGACUCCUGCGAAUUUCAAUCGGUCCAAAAGCGCAGUCAACAUGUCGAGUUUUUACGUGAUGUGGAUGAAGAGGGUGUUCGAACCUGGAGGCGGUGGGUUAUUGAGUACAACUAAUCCAUUUUCUUUUUUCUUGAUGAUUUAACGGGUUACAUUCGACUUUCGAGGGGGGUUUCAAGUUUGACCCCAUUACAAUCCUUGCUUUAUCCAGCCAUUCCUUUACGA